AUGUCGAAGAUAUCGGUCUUCCCUUUCCCCACUCGGGAGCUUGCCAACGAGCGAAUAAAGCUUGUGCCAUUCAACCCUGAUCACCACGGAGGCACAUUCUUUCGACAUAUAACCCCAGCUCUCUUUGAAAAUAUGAGCAUUGGCCCAUGGAAGUCCAUCUCUGAGUUUAAAUCAGCAUUCCAUAACGGCCCGGAUAGACAUAUACUUUCUUUCGACAACCCCGAAUCAUUUGCAUUUGCUAUUAUUGACAAGACACGGCCUCCGUCUUCAGAUGACAUCGAUGGAGAGCUAGCAGGGGCGAUAAGUUACAUCAACACAUCUGCCACCAAUCUGUGCACCGAAAUUGGCUUUGUGGUUGUUCUUCCGCCAUACCAGAGAAGCCAUGUGGCUAUUAAUGCAGCUGGACUUAUGGUACAAAAUGUGUUUGAGAGCCCAGAUAAUGGUGGCCUGGGUCUAUGUCGGGCGCAUUGGAAAGCAAGCACCGAUAAUCCAGCAAGCUCUCGAUUAGCAGAAAAGGUGGGAUUUGAGAAAAUAGGCGUGACGAAAUGGCACAUGCGGUUUCCUAAGGGAGCGAUCAAGGGAAAGAUCGGGAAUGGAAGGGGAUUACCACCUGGAAGUGAUCCUGAGGAUGUAUGGCGAGAUUCUGUGGAGCUCACUCUUUCGUGGGAGGAUUGGCAGAAUGGUGCAGCAGAAAAGGCUAAAAUCGCCAUGGCCAGAUAA